CGCCGAGGUCAUGAAUAAAACCAACCGUGUAGCAUUGACCUUAUGAUAAUUUUUAAACCGGUCAGUUGAUAUAAAAACAUCACCUUAACAACUCGCUAUGAUAAACAAAAAUAUAAUAUUAUUGUUAAUUCUUUUUAAUAAACAAUUUAGAUGUAUUGAAAAUGAAAAAAUAAGUGACGUGUUUGCUUGGAAGCAAAUUAGUUACGAUUUCAAUGGCGUCAUAUAUAAUGAAGAUUCAAAUUUUGAGAAGACUCCGAAUGGACUGCAUUUUAAAGAAGACGUACAGGAUUCCGAAAAGUUUUUCAUCCAGUACAAUAACGUUCCCAUAGGUUUCGAAGUUUAUGGGACGAAAGUGAUCAUCACCGUACCGAGAAGACGAUAUGGAAUCCCUUCAACCCUCAACUAUGUGGAGAUGUCCACUAGAUCACCUGCUCUGAAACCAUAUCCAAACAGUAGGAACUUGGUCUCCGUGUACAGGCCAAGAGUUGAUGUAUGCGGCAGACUAUGGAUGGUCGACACUGGUCUUUUGGAAAUACCAGGCAAUCGAACUCAAGUGCAGAAUCCAGCUAUAGUUAUAUACGAUUUGAAAACAGACAGACAAAUCUUGAAAUAUGAGCUGAAAGACACGGAUCUUUUGAACGAGCGAACUCCUGGAGGAUUAACGUCAAUUACCGUCGAUGUCACAAACAACAAGUGCGAUGACGCCUUCGCGUAUAUCAAUGACUUGGCAACCGAAGGAAUGAUUGUGUUUUCACUGAAGUCUAGAAGUAGUUGGAGAUUACGUCAUCCCAGUUUUGUUCAUGACGAAAUGUCUUUAAACUUCACAGUUGCGGAUUACGUGAUAAAUUGGAAAGAUGGACUGUUCAGCAUUGCGUUGUCGGAACCUGACGCUCAAGGUUAUCGAACAGCGUUUUAUCAUCCCCUGGUGUCCACUCUGGAAUUCACUGUAAACACGAAGUUUCUUCAAAAUCGCUCAAUAAAUGAUCAUGUUAAGGUCGCAGGUACUAAAGGCGCUAAUACACAAAGCGGUUCACAUGAUUACCAUCCGGGUACUAAAACGUUAUUCUUUGGUAAUGUCGCUCAGGACGCCAUUUUGUGCUGGCGAGUCGAUAACAAGAUGGCGCCAGAGAACAUCGGCGUGGCUGUUCAAGAUCACGAGAAAUUGGUUUAUAUUUCUGAUUUAAAGGUAAUAGGCGACGACGUCUGGGUGCUUGUAAACCAAAUGCCGAUUUUCGUUUACUCCGCUUUCAGUGUUAAGGAUUACAACUUCUUCAUACAUAAAGCCAACGUUUACGACCUGAUACGUAACACGCCUUGUGAGAAGAAAUUAUAAUUAUCUAAAGAACAAAGAUAAACAUAGACAGACAGACAGAAUUAUUGUAAAUAAUAACAUGAAUGUCACGCUUGUCACGUCAAGGGUGUAUAUUUAAAGCGUGUGAAACUGCGAAUUGAAGCUGCUUAAAUAAUAAUAUUAAAUAACACCUUCUGUUUACAUUGAUGUAAACAUCGGGAAUAAAUGGCAAAUGAAACAAAGGAAAUGCUUUUCAAUGUUCACACAACUAAAAUUUAUUUGAUCACUUUACAGACUAUUUUAAUAAUUUCUACUAUAUAUACUCAGUAGCGAACAUCUAGAAAGCGCGAUUCAGGAAUAUGACUGAUUCAAUCAACGCCAUCUAUCGUUACCGGGUAGUAUUAUAAGCCAUUUUAUAUAAUCUCCGAAAUGCGUUGCGUCUUCUGGUAUAAGUUUUAUGUGACAAAAAAUGUCUCCUUGACGUCUCCUUAUUUGUGUACUUGACAUGUCAAUAAAUAUUAUGUAUUCUAUUCUUUAGAUACUAAGAAUUUGUACUUGAAUUGUUAUUAUUUGUAAAUAAUGAUUAUUAUUUCUUA